AAAUAGUAAGCAACUGACCUCUCUCUUUUUCAAUUUCCUAUUAUGAAAGGUCCAGAUGAUUAAGUGUUAGAGAAAAAACUUAAAUAGAUUAGAAUCUGUCCCCGGAUCAUACAUAUAUUUUCUGCUGUUUGAGAACUAGUUCAGAGAGAUUAGAAUUUUGAUAAUUCUUGUUCUUUUAAUAGCUUUUGUUAUGCUAAUUCGACUACUCAGUAAAACCCUUCCUCGUUUUUCUGGAAUGUUUUCAUUGAAAUUGAAUGGCCCUUGGGUGUGUCCUUCUUCUCCUGUGACGUCCUUGAAUUUGCGGAAAACCCCAUCUUUGAAUUUGCAGAAAUUUUAUUUUUCAUAUGGUAUUAGAGCUGGGCACACAGAAACUGCAGCCCGACUUUCCCGGGUUGCUCAAACUGAAGCACAAGAUGUGCUCUUUGAUUACCUCCACUCUACUAGAAACUUUCACUUCACUGAUGCUGAGCACAUUAGCAAGAACUCGCCCACUUUCGUUCGUAAUCUGGUAUCCAAGGUUGAUGAUGGACAAGAUAUUGCCCGAUCACUGUCUAGGUUUCUUCGCUUCCACCCGAUUAAUGAGUUUGAGCCGUUUUUUGAGAGCUUAGGAUUGUCACCAUCCGAACUUUCGCCCCUUCUUCCACGUAACCUGAUGUUUCUUAGUGAUGAUGAGAUGAUGCUUGAGAAUUAUCAUGUUCUUUGCAAUUACGGGAUUCCUCGUAGCAAGAUUGGUAAAAUGUUCAAGGAAGGUGCAGAAAUUUUUGGAUAUGAUUUUGGGAUCUUGGCUUCAAAACUCCAAGCUUAUGAAGAACUGGGUCUGAGUAAACCAACCGUUAUUAAGUUGGUAAUAUGUUGCCCUAGAUUUCUUAUUGGGGGCGUGGAUAUGGAAUUUUUUCAAUUUCUUGAGAAGUUGAAGGGUUUGGGGAUAAAACAAGAUUGGAUCAGAGGAUAUUUGUCAGAUACGAGGACAUAUGAUUGGAGUAAAAUGCUUGGCAUGAUGUGUUUUCUUGAAGAAAUGGGUUUUAACAGUAAGGACAUGGGAAGAUUAUUCAAAAAUCAUCCAGGGUUCUUGUUGGAAGGUUCAGGGAAGAAGAUCUAUAUACUGGUUGGACUUUUGCUCAAGUUGGGCCUUGUAAUGAAUGAAGUUCUGUUUUUGCUCCAACAGCACCCACGAAUCCUAGCUGGGAAUUUUGCAAGCAAUCUGUGUGAAGCAAUUCAUUUCAUGUCAGAAAUUGGGAUUGAAACUGAAGACAUUGGAAAGAUUGUAUCUACCAACACUCAACUUUUGGGUUCAUAUUCUCUGUUGAAACCCAGAACCGUUUUGAAGAAAUUAAAAAUCAACCCAGAUAAGUUGUGCGAGCUCAUAAAAAAUGACCCACAAAAGUUGAUCAGUCUAGCUUCGCAUUCAAAGAUUAGCAGCAUCGAGGAGGUACCUGGCUUGGACAGACGGCAUAAGGUAGCUGUUGAUGAUGGAAGGCAUCUUCUUGAGAAAACGACAUUCUUGGUGAGAUUAGGGUUUAUUGAGAACUCGGAUGAGAUGCUUAAGGCUCUGAAACAGUUCCGUGGUAGAGGGGAUCAGCUUCAGGAGAGAUUCGACUGCCUUGUAAAUUCUGGGUUGGACUGCCAUGAUGUCUCUAACAUGAUUAAAGUGGCACCACCAGUGCUGAACCAGACCAAGGACGUGAUUGAGAAGAAGAUCGACUAUCUUGAAAAUUGUCUGGGUUACUCUCUGGAAUCAAUUGUAUCAUUUCCUACAUAUUUAUGCUAUGAUAUAGAGAGGAUCAGACUGAGGUUUUCAAUGUAUGUAUGGCUAAGGGAAAGAGGCACAACAAAGCCCAAGUUGGCAUUGAGUACAAUUCUUGCAUGUUCAGAUGCCAGAUUUGUAAGAUACUUUGUAAAUCUCCACCCAGAAGGUCCAGACGAAUGGGAGAGAUUGAAGAAAUCUUCGUCUUCAAGCUAGGUGUUGAUUAUUUUCUUUCUUUAUAAAACAAUGUAUUACUGGUUUUGGUCUUAUAUUGUUAACACCACUAACACAUCAUUUGGCAUUUCUUAAA